AUGGGAUCCCUUUGCGUGACAGAAAAUUAUCGAUCAGUGUUUGUAGAUGUACAAACGACUAGAUAUGACGGUACGAGACAAAAAGCGGAUAUGGCAUCACUUCUUUUGCAAGAUUUGGGCGGAAAUCAUCACAACGGUUUUUUAGAUGCCAUCAGCAAAAGUCUCAUUUUAUCCGACAGAAAAGUUUUCGCAUCUCGAAUUUUAUCACUCAACGCUUCAUCCGGUCUCGUCAUAACGGCCGUCACGUGGCGUCGUCCGUCCACGUUGAAAGGUUCGGAUUCGUUGACUCUGUUGGAAAUCAACGGUCCCGUGAGAGUUACCGAAGAAGAUCCGAAACCUGGAAUCAAACCCGACAGGUUUUAUCCUUGGUACGAAGAUUCCGAAUCCAGCCCACUGAGAUCCCCAAAAUUUAUGACGAGUCCGGCGAACGUUUCAUUCAAAGGAUGGUGGACGUUUCCUUAUUAUUCCUGUUUGGCUAAAAAAUGGCUGAUGUCCUACAGCGUACCCGUUCCACCGACGGGAAGACACGCAAUGAAAAGUUUUUUAAGCGUCGAUGUUGAUCUUACGGGAUUGGAAAUCAAUCAAUGCGAUCAAUCAAAUAAAAAAAAUUCAUUUAAUUUAGAUAUCGAAAUAUUUUACGGAACGCACAAAUGUCAUAAUGAAACCUCUCAGUGCAAAAAAAAAUUAAAAACCGGAUGGACCAGAGGCGGAUAUCAAUGCGUUUGUAAACUCGGAUAUUUCACGAAAAAAAAAGAAGCUUUCGACGGUUCAUUAGUCGAAGCUGCUUGGCAAGAAAAAUUACUCAACAUCAGUCGCGUCUACGACGAAGCUUUUAAAUGUCACAAAUGCGCUCCCGGUUGUCACACGUGUCACGAUUUGUCACCCUGUUUGGCAUUUUACAACUGGCCUUUUAGGAUAACUUUACUUGCGGUUUCACUUUUCUGCGUUUUUUUUACUCUCGGCCUCAUUUUUUACGUAUUCAAACAUCGAAGAUUAAAAGUAUUUAAAGUUGCGAGUCCAAUUUUUUUGGCCAUAACCCUUUGCGGAUGUUCCAUAAUGUAUUUGGAGAUGGCGGCCAUAUUUCCAGUUUUAGAUAGGUAUUCUUGCAUUGCUACGAAAUGGAGCAGACAUUUGGGAUUUUGCAUAACUUACACGGCACUUCUCAUGAAAACCUGGAGAGUUUCAUUGACGUAUCGCGUGAAAUCCGCGCAUAAAGUUAAAUUAACCGACAAGCAACUUCUCCAGUGGAUGUUUCCAAUACUUUUGGUCAUGCUUAUUUAUUUGGGAGCGUGGACGUUAAGCGAUCCUCCGGAUGCUGAAGAAAUAACCGACAGCGGUGGUUUAAGGUUUAAACAAUGCACGUUUAAUUGGUGGGAUCAUAGCAUAGCCAUAGGUGAAGUUUUGUUUCUUGCUUGGGGCAUCAAAGUUUGUUACAACGUUAGGAACGCCGAAUCGUUUUACAAUGAAGCACAUUUGAUAAGUUAUGCCAUAUACAAUAUUGCCGUAGUCAACAUAGCCAUGGUAGCCUUCCAUUUAUUAAUAUUUCCACAAGCAGGACCAGAUAUAAAAUAUUUGCUGGGAUUUAUAAGAACUCAAUUGAGCACAUCGGUGACUGUGGCUUUGGUAUUCGGUCCAAAAGUUACACGAGUUUGGAGAGGUCAAGGAGAUCAAUGGGAUAAUCGUGCCAGAGCCAGAGGUGUAACGGCCUCUUUUUCUUUAAAUGGAAUCGGUUUGGCUACCGAAGAAACGGCGGAUUUAUAUCAGGAAAAUGAAGAAUUAAAGGAAGAAAUACAAAAACUCGCUGGACAAAUUGAAUUUAUGAAAAUUGUACACAUGGAAACGAAUAACAGGCAUUUAAAACCCAAAGUUGGAAGUUAUUUUCAUGGAGUUAAUGCGACGAUGAUGUUACAAAGUCCGAUUGGAAAACCUAAAAACUCAACGGAAAACGUACAUUAA